AUGUCGUCAUGGCUCCGUGCAGCUGAGAACUUCUUCGAGACGAUCGACCAGCAGGGCAAGCGCGUCAUCGACGAGCAUGCGGGGGCUCUCAAGCCGCGCCUGAGCAACGACCGCGGUGCGCCCGCAGGAAACGGAUCGGCGACGAAUCUGGCCGCUGCGGAGAAGGAGCAGCCCGUCGCAGCGCAUGACCCCGCGCCCGCCCCGCGCGGCCCCAGCGGGCGGGGUAUGCAGCUCACAGCGGCGACUGCGAAACGGCCUGCCUCUGGGAUACCAAGCUCCACGGCAGCGCACAGGACCGCCCAGGCGCCCGCGGUGACCGCGAACCGCGCCGCGCGAGUGCUGCCCGUGGCAGCACCCGCCAACACGACGCCCGCAGAGCCCCGCCAGGGCCCCGCGCAGGCCGCCGGCUCGCCCCAAGCGCCGCCCGCGUCCUCCGCGCCGCCGCCGCGGCCACCGUCCACGGCGUCCCUCGCGGCGCCAGCGCCCUCGGUAAGACACAGCGCUGGCGGCGCACCAGGCGGCCACUCCCGCGACGGCAGCGACGUCAAGGCCGCGAUCGCUGCCCAGAUCGACGCCGCAGAGACGGCGUCGACCCACGGCGGGCCCGAGGACGCCGGCAGCGGCGCGGACACGCCCUCGGCUCCGCACCGGUCCGGCAGGGAGGCGUCGUUGCUGCGGCUCGUGGACCGGCUGCAGGCGCAAGUGCAGCAGCUGCGGCAGGAGACGCAGGAGCUGGAGAGGCUGCUGGCGGACGCCGAGGCGCAGCAGCGGGCCGCGGAGGCGGCGCAGAGGGCGGCGGAGGAGCGCGCGGAGGCGGCGGAGGCGGCCGCGCGUGCUGCGGAGGCUGCGCGGGCGAACGAGGCGGGGAGCCUGGGGCGCGAGGCGGAGGCGCUGCGGGAACGCGUGGCCGAGUCGGAGGAGGCGCUGGAGCAGGCGCGGGCGCGCGCGGCGGAGCUCGAGGCGCUGCACCGCGGCGAGCAGGCGCGCGGGGAGGAGAUUGAGUCCAAGCUCCUGGCAGACCUGCAACGAGAGGUGGCGCAAGCGGAGGCGCGCCUCGAGCAGGAGCGCGCGGCGCACCGCGACACGCGCCGCGCCGCGGGCGAGCGCGAGGCCUCGUCGCAGGCGGAGCUCGCGGAGCUAGCCGGGCAACUUGCGCGUGGGCAGGCUGCUCUGGAGGAGGCCCGGCGGAAGCACGACGCAGCCGCGGAGGACGCCGCGGCGCUGCGGUCGCGCCUGCGCGAGGCCGACGCGAAGAUCGAGGAGGCGCUGCGCGCGGCCGAGGCAGGCGAGCGCGCCGCGUCCGAGGCGGCGGCGGCGUCGGAGCUCCGGCGGCGGUGCGAGGCGGCGGAGGAGCGGUGCCGGUCCGCCGAGGGCCGCGCGGCGGCGGCGGAGGGCGAGGCGCAGGCGCUGCGGGCGCGCGCGGCGGAGCUCGAGGGCGCGGCGCGCGACGCGGCCGGCGCCGGCGCGGGGCGGCACGACGUGGCCGCGCGGCUGCAGGAGGCGGAGGAGCUCCUGGGCCUGCGUCAGGAGCAGCUCGAGCGGCUGUCGGCGGACCGCGCGGCGCAGAAGCUGAUGUACGAGCGCGAGGUGCAGAGGCUGAGGGAGGAGGCGGAGGGGCUGCGGCGGCGCGGCCCGACCGCGGGGCACCAGCCGGGAUACGGCGCGUACUACGACGGCGGCGGCGAGGCCAUGGUUCCGUUCCACGCCGUGGGGGGGGUCUACUCACGCCUGGCCAACGACAAGCGCUUCGGGCGGGCCCUGCGCGCCGGCACGAGCGCCCUCGACGACGCGGCGCGCACGGCGAUGGUGCUGGUGCGGCGGUACCCGCUCGCGCGCCUCGCGGCGGUGCUGUACCUGGCGUCCAUGCACCUGUUUGUCUUCUUCGUCAUGCACCACUGGCAACACACGACCUUCGAGGACCUGCACGGCGCCGAGACGGGGUCGCACUCCGUCGCCGCGGCCGCCAACGCCGUCGCCGCGCGGCAGGCGGCCCGGGGCAGCGGCGGCGCCGGGGGCUAG